AUGGUAUAUGAAUUGUAUAGAAGAAAUGGUUGGGUGGUCUACCGGUUUGAUACUAAAGAAGAUAGUGAAAAAGUUCUGAAGGGUGGUCCAUAUUUUAUCUUUGGUAUUCCUAUUUUUCUAAAGAUUAUGCCAAAGCAUUUUCUAUUUAAUGAAGAUUGUCGCUUCGUCCCUGCUUGGAUUCAAAUCCAUGGACUACCGCCAGAUUGUUGGACGCAGAAGGUGUUAAGUAUGGUUGGAUCUGAGGUUGGUAAAUCGUUGUACACUGAUAACUUGACACGUACAAGAGAUUGUUUGGAGUAUGCUAGACUUCUAGUGGAAAUUCCGACCAUUGGAGAGAGGGUGUAUGAGGUUCCAAUCACUUUACCUACUGAAGUUCAAGUUGAUCUCCGUAUCGUCUAUGAAAGUCUACCAGAUUUCUGUGAAGUAUGUAAAAGAUUAGGACAUCGUCUGGACACCUGUCGUAGAAGUGAUGCAUCAGUAGGGCAGCAAACAAAUCGUUCAAGAGAUAAUAUGCAAAAUGGUAUCGACGAGCAACGGCAAUGGAGGGCAAGGUCACAAUCUACAAAGGGUCGGGGGAGAACAAGAAUGAAGCAACAAUGGAGGCCGGCACAACAAAAACAAAAUAUGGAAACACCGGGAACGAAAGCACAUGACGUUGUUACUCCUGAGGAAGUCCAAAACGUUGACCAAAUUGGGAAUGUAGCCAUUGAUGUUGUUGCUAAACACGUUGACCAAAAUGGGAGUGUAGAUGUUAACGUUGCUGCUCAAGUGGAAGUCCAAAUUGUUGACCAACAUGAUAAUGUAGUUGCUGUACAAGAUGUUGACAAAAAUGUGAGAAAAUAUGCGGAUCACCUUGGUGUGAAGGCAAAACGGACAAUAGAGAAGGAGCGUCAACAGAAUGCUAUUCUUUCAGCACAUUCCAGCCUGGGUAAUUCUUCCUCUUCGUCCUUAUCAGCCGAACAAAACAAUACAGCAUCAAGUGAAACAAUUAAUACGACAUCUACGGCGUCAACUUCAUCAUUACCGUUAACCACGUCUUCGAGCGUAGGUGGGACUGCUGGAGUUACAGUACCGGCACUAAGUUGUGGGAGGCAACUUCGGGCGCGAGUAGCCCGCAAAGGGGAUCAAUGA